AUGGUGCACCCCGAUGUUUUCCCAAAACAAGUUGUUUCUCCGGAUGUCCAAGGUGUUGUCGUGAAGGCGGUAUAUGUUGCCAACCAAUUUAAAAACAAGCAAGAGUUUGAAUAUCGUGAUCAAAUGCUUCAAUGGAUUCGUAUGGAGGCCUCUAUACUUGGGUUUGGCGUGGUUAUCGGAAGAUCCGAUAAUGGUUCGGGUAGAAGAUGCGCUUUUGUGACAAUGACGUGCGAAAUAAGUGGAAAAUAUAGAACUCUUCUCCAGAAUUUUAAAAGAGAAGACACUGGUUCUAGAAAAUGUGAGUGGCUAUUCAAGGUGCGUGGUUACACCUUGGCAAACAAAAACUGGAGAUUUAAUGUGAUAUGUGAUUUGUAUAACCAUGAUUUGUAUGAAAAAUUAGUCGGUCAUCCUAGUGUGUGUCGGCUCAUGCCGGAAGAGAAGGAAUAUGUUGAUGACAUGACCUUAAAUAUGGUUCAACUGAAAAAUAUACUCGCAACAUUGAAACAGAAAUGGCCCUAA